GAGGGGGGAAAGUAGGUUAAGGAAAACUCGGCAGCGGCUGCCUGGGAAGAGGGAUAGGGAUUGGGAAUCGUGGCGGGUCUUUUUUGCUGCCGGGAGCUGGAAAAUCCCAGGGCUUGCAGCCAAAAAGCGCUGCGGGAGCCGGGAUGCUGCGGUGAGGGGCUGCCCCCCGAAACUGCGCUGAUGUGAGAGGCUGCCCCCCAAAAUUGGGCUGUGAUGAGGGGCUGCCCCCCAAAAUUGGGCUGUGAUGAGGGGCUGCACCCCAAAAUUGGGAUGGAACGUGCCGCUGCCCGGGUUUGGCGGGAUCCCAGCGCUGCCUCUGGGAUCAGUGGAUUUUAAUGCUGGAUAUUUGUGGCGGUUCCGCUGUUCCCACCGCUCCGAGGGGGCCCCGGGGGAGGCGACAGCGCCGAGUUUCGCUCCAUCUGCCGGACAAUCCCCUCCUUGUCCCGCGCUGCCUCCAAGAGCUGCUCCCCGAAGUUUUCCCGAACAGUUGCUCCUUUCUAGCUCCGUUUAUCUGCAGGAGCCAUCGGCUGAAACCCUGUUCCCGCAUAGGGAGGGAAACCCAGGAGUCCCAGUGGGCAGCCUUGGAUUACUGGCUCUAUUAAAGCAGGAAUGGGAAUAAAAGGCUUCUGUGACCCAGAGGAAUUUUGGGGGAGGGUUCCAAAACCAAGUCACCUUUCUUGCUGCUCUUGCAUCGAUGCACCAGCCAGGUGGGGUGUGGGGGUGCUGCAGGUCCCCCAAAAGUAGGUCUGGCCCCGAUGGCGUUGUUUUUUUGUUUCCCAUGGAUUUUAGAGGGACAAAUUAUGUUGGUUUCAGGAGUUUCAGGGCUUCUCUCUGCCGUUCCAGGGCAGCCGGGCAUCCCAGAAUCCUGCAUCCCACAUUCCCUCCUAGGAUGGCCCCUGGGGGCCCCCAAAACCUGGUGAUGAGCCCUGGGGUGGCCGUGACUCGGCAAAGCUCCAGUGCCAACCAGGAACUGGCACCCUUUUAUCCUUGUGCCUCCUGCAUCCCUAUUGGUCACCUAAGGGAUCUCCCUAAUCCCUGGAUUAAACCUGGCCUCAGAUCUGCUUUACCUGGGGCCAGCCCUCUUCCUGGUGAUGUUUAAAUCCCCUUGUGGGCAUCUGGAAUUCUCUGGGGAGCCGGGAUACUCCGGCAGCCUGGGAUGUGCCAGCCUGUGGCAUCGUUCCCGAGGUGCUUGAAUCCCACAGCCCCAGAGGAUUAAAAUGCUUCACAUUAGGCUUAAACUCGAGUUUUACUAGUGCUGGCUCGCAAUUUUCCUCCCUGUGUGCUUGAGGGGCACAUCCCAAAUGCCAUGGGGAUUCCAGAGGUGGGCUGUUUGGCUCCAUGCUGGCACCUGAUGGGUGGAGGAACUGGAGCACAGAGAAUGCUCAUUUUGGGUUGUCCCAACCCACAUCCCAUAAAUACCUGGCUCAGCCCCCCCCAGUACCCCCUCUCAUGUUUAAUGAGCUGCAUCUCAGGCCACUAAUUAGUACAAACUCGUCAGGCAGAGGCUGUACCAAGGCUCCCACGGGACCGUGACGACCGGGGGAGUUUCCAUGCGGGCAGCAGGAUUUCCAUGCAGAGCCUGGAUCCGGGUUUGGGUUGUUGGUUGUGUUUUUCCUUCCUUCCCCCCAUUCCCCGUGCUCUCAUCUUAGAUUUUAAUUUUAUAUUUUCUUGUGGGAAACACCUUUUGUUCCACUCCAGUUUGUGUUUAAAUAUAUAUUUAUUUUCUUUUUAGUGACUUCAUUUCCUUGUGGCAGGUGCACAAGGAUUUCCUCCGGAGCAGGGAAAACCUUCCUUUAACUUUAUUUAGUGUCAUCUGCUCCUUGCAUGGGUGAUGGGUGGUGUGACUCCAUUGCAGGGGUUGGUCCCUCUCCAGUUUGGGAUGGAGUUGGGAUCUGAUGAUGCCAGGCAUCCCAUAAAUCCUCCAAUAAAGCUUUUUUGGGGGAUGGUGCAGGGAUAUUUAGGCAGAUGCCUUAGAGCAUCCUAGUGGGGGGAAAUAGGGCCCCCAAAUUGCUUCUCCACUGGGAUUUUCCCUGGAUGAUGACCCCCCCCGUGGUCCCCCUUGGGCAGGUGUCCCCUGGUGAUGAAGAGGAGCGGGAUGCGCUGGUGGCUCAUCACCAUCCUGGGGGUGCUGAGCAGACUCGUGGGGGCCGAGAGCUGGAAUUCCCGGGAGCACAGGACCCCGGGAUGCCCUCCCGGGGAGGAGCCCAGCGGGGAUCCAGGGGGGACGUGCCGAGCUUGUCCCCCCGGCACCUUCUCCCUGGGGGACACACCCUGUGCCACUCACACCCGGUGCCGGGCCGGGAACAGGAUCCUGGUGGCCGCGGGGACAGUGGGAAGUGACAGCCGGUGCGGAGCCUGCCUGCCGGGGUUUUACAGCCCAGAAGGGGAGAGGGACCCCCGGGGCCGGUGCCUGCCCUGCGCCGCUGCCCCCCGCAGCACCCCGGGGUGCCCAGGCCGGCGGCGGGUCCGCAGCCCCGAAACGCCGGGACGGGCACUGGGAACCAACGGGACACGGGUGACCCCGAGGGGGGAGGAAGAGGAGGAGGCGGCGGCGGCGCAGGCGGCCGUGCUGACCAUCGUCCCGGUCUUCUGUGCCAUGGGAUUGCUGGGAAUCCUGGUGUGCAACCUGCUGAAGAAGAAGGGGUACCACUGCACCGCCAGCAAGGAGCCCCAGCCCGGCGGCACCGGUCCCAGCUCCAUCUACCAGCUGGAGGACACCAACGAGGACACCAUCGGGGUGCUGGUGCGGCUCAUCACUGAGAAGAAAGAAAACGCGGCGGCGCUGGAGGAGCUGCUGAAGGAGCAUCGCAGGCAGCAGCUGAUGCCACCGAGCUGGGCCCCCCUGCAUAAGCUGCACCUCUUGCCGCAGUUUGCCCCCUCCUGUCACCACCAGCAGCACCCGCACACGGUGCAGGGCCCGGCCCCCUGCGCCCGCUGCACACAGAAGUGGCCGGAGGUGCUGCCACCCCCUGGGGCCACCAAGGUCCCCAAGCCCGGCGAGGUGACCAUCCUCUCCAUCGGCAGGUUCCGCGUGUCCCGGAUCCCGGAGCUCAGGAGCGAGGCGGGGGCUGAGCCCCUCCGGGGGCCCCUCCCCGGCAGCGGGAUGAGACCCCCGUGGCUGAAAAGCACCGACGGCCCCCCCGAGGUGGCUCCUGGCCCGGGGGUGGCCUCGGGGGGACAGUGACACCCACACAGACCCCUGGAGGACACGGGGCAUUGUGUGAAGCCAGUCCCACUCAGAGCCAUGAGGAGCUGGAGGUGCAGCUCGGCCUCUGCUCCUGCCACUGAGGUGUCCAGUGGCAGCACAGCAAAUCCAAGGUCCUGCCCAGGUGGUGGGAAGGAUUCCCCUUGCCAAGGUCUGGUGUGGCAGCCUGACGGACACGAUCUCUGGGAACCACCGCACAGCUCCGUUGGGAGCCACUGGAUGACAUCCAUGGUCACCUCCUGGGUCUGUUGAGCUGAAGCCCCUCCAGGACCACCACGAGCUCCUGAUUUCCCUCCAUCACCAGCUGCCAGGAUAACGACAGUCACUGGAUCACGGGAUAACUCCCACCUCGCCAACAACCCCACUGGGCAUGGAUUGCUCCAGCCAAAGCUGGUCUCCUGCCUCCAUCCACCCUCUAUCCGAAGUCUCCACCAGCCUAGGAGAACACAGUGGGGACGCUCCCUGUGAAGGCCGCACACUUCACUUCCCACAGGAGCUGUUUCUAUAGGAUCACAUUGGGAUCAUCGGGACAACCCACCCAAGGUUGGGCUGGAGGCCAUCAAGCUCCACCAUCGCCCCAGCAAUGGGUUCAUGGCCCAUCCCAUUCACUCCCCCCACCACCUCCCUGUGCCAAAAAAAAAAAAACCACCCCGACCACCAAACCCCGUUGGGCUUCUUUUAUUUAUUUAUUUCUUUUUUUAUUAUUAUUUUUUUAUUAUUGACUUUUUUUUUUUGGAAACAUUUUCAUCGUUCUCGAAUGUUCUACAUCUGACAGGAAACAUCGGACAGUUACAAACUCUUGGCUGGGAUCUGUCAGGGAGAUCAUGAAACCUGAUCUUCAGAACCGAAACCAGAACAGAAAACAAACGGGAAAACAACCCCGAAUUCCAGAUGGACAAACUGAGGCUUGGGGGGAGGGGGCUCUCCAGGGCAGCAGCUCCAGGCCAUGUUCCCUUCACACCUUGGAGGCUCGGAAGACGUUGUUAUUCUUGGGUUUAAAUUCUUUUGCUUUUGGUAUUUUUUUGGGGAUUUUUUUUUGUAUUUAUUUUUGUUUAAAAGGUCCAAUAAUAUUUAAAACCGAGA